AUGCGGCUGCUAAACCAUCUACUGCCUCUACUGGCAGGAGGAGCGAUGCUGUCGCUCGCUGCCGAAGAAUCCUCGUCUACCACGUCGACGGCGACGACGACGACAACGACGGGCAACAAUCUCUUCACUCUCACAGGCACAAUCACGGACCGUAUCAGUGACGCCACUAUGCCCACCGGCAAAUACAUCUCGUAUACUUCCACUAUCACUCUGCCCACCGAUAGCAACGGCAAGGUGAAUUCUUCGAUGGUGACUGGAUCCCAGUCUCUUAUGCUCACAGCGACGACGACGACGACAACGACGGGCAAUGCAACGGCGCAGACGACUUCCACCGACUCUCUGACGAGACUGGUCGGCAACGGCGGCAUGAAUGCCACUCACACAGCUUCUCCCUCGGCGUCGGCAUCCCCGGUCAUCAAUACUCAGCCUUGCAAUGGCUACCCCGAGUUUUGCGCUCGCAAGUACUCAAAUAUCACCAUGGUGGCGGCGCACAACAGCCCCUUUGUCAAACGGGGUAAUGCCGCUGCCAACCAAGCUCUGGAUGUACUUGACCAGCUGAACGACGGUGUCCGAAUGUUGCAAUUCCAGACUCACUAUGAGAAUGAAACCAUGUACCUUUGCCAUACUAGCUGCGAUCUGCUCGACGUGGGCACUCUCACAGACUACUUCAGCACAGUCGCUCAGUGGAUGAGAGAGCACCCAUAUGAUGUCGUUACCUUUCUCAUCGGCAACUUUGACUACGUCGAUCCCGGAAACUUCUCCAAGCCCAUCGAGGAUUCAGGCCUAUCGAGCCUGGUCUACACGCCCCCCAAGAUCCCCAUGGCGCUGGAGGACUGGCCAACACUCUCCAGCAUGAUCUUGUCCGGCAAGAGGGCGGUCGUGUUCCUGGAUUAUCAAGCCAAUCAGACCGCUUAUCCGUGGCUGAUGGACGAAUUUUCCCAAAUGUGGGAGACGCCUUUCUCGCCAACCGAUCUGGCCUUUCCCUGCACAAUUCAGCGCCCCCCUGGCCUCACACCGGAAGAUGCUCACCACCGCCUCUACAUGGCCAAUCACAAUCUUAACGUAGACGUUAGCGUUGCCAACCUCAAUUUGCUCAUCCCGAACACAGCUCAACUCAACCAGACGAACGCUGUGUCUGGCCCAGGUAGUCUCGGAUGGAUGGCUGGGAACUGCACCCUAAUGUGGGAUCGCCCACCAAACUUCCUCUUGGUCGACUUCUACAACUACGGCAACUUCAAUGGCUCCGUCUUUGAGGUUGCCGCUACCAUGAACAAUGUCACUUACGAUGGUCAAUGCUGCGGAACCACUUCUGCUGCUUCCGCUCUGGUACCGGCGAAGCGCCUGGUGGGCACACUGCUGCUCAUUGUGGGUGUUCAGCUUCUCGCUUCGAUCUUUUAA